CGUUGAAGUAACUGCCUGUACAUACAACAUUAUGGGUUUCCAGGGAGGCUGUUGUAGAUUUUAAUACAUAUAGCCUGUGUUGUACUGUCAUUGGGGAGCAUCAGUAUGAAACAUAUAUCUAAGCUAAGUAAACUGGAUAUCCUGAGCUGUAUAAGCACGCAGCUGAGAGGUUCUCCUAGGAAUUGCUCCAUGGUAACUGGACCGAGAUAACAUUUACUUAGGGGUGGAUACAUGAGCACUGUUGCAUUAGGCGCCUACUCAUUCCUUUGCUGUGGAAGAGAUGCUAGCAGCAAAAUAGAAAGCCAUGCAUGAAUUCAAUAAGGAAUGGAAGCUUUCAGGUAUACAGCGGAUCUUCUACAAUAAUCUUGUUGGAGAAUGGGGAGGCUUUGGCUCAGAAGUUGGGAAAUUCAUUUGGCCUACAAGUGUAACAAACACUUUAGAUGGUGAUCUGGCCAUUAAAGAUACAGGCAACCACCAAAUCCAGAUCUUCUCUCUAGAAGGACACCACAAGCAAACAUUUUCAUAUGGGUCUGAAAAUACCAAAUGUCUUGGAAAUGUGGCAUGCACAAACGAAGGUCUUCUUCUUGUGUCAAAUGGAUCUAAGGGUAUUAAAGUAUUUACUAAGGAAGGGCAAAUGAUACAUCUUUUGAAGUCAUCUAAAGCAGAUUGGAAACAUUCUUAUGGGCUGGCUGUAAUGCGUUCCAACAGUAUUGCAGUGACGGACUGGACAGAUGGGGGCAAAGUACACAUUGUUAGUGUGGACUGGCGAAUGAAUGCUGUCUUGAAGACAAAUGUUGUUGAUGGACUUCAAAGACCGGAAUACAUUGCAGUUACUAAGGAUGACGACCUACUAGUAACUGAAGGACAACUCUUUGGACAACACUCGGGUGGUUGCCUUAAAGUUAUAGAUAAUGAUCGAUCUAUUAAAAAAACAAUAGGACCGCAAUAUGGACACAAUUUCUGUUUUGUAAACCCAUCUGGAGUCUGCGUGGAUGGAAAUGGCAACUUUUUCAUAGCAGAUAGAUGGAAGAACAACAUCACCAUGUUCAAUCCAAACGCAACUCUGAUGGCUACGGUUGUGACACAUGACCUAGAAGGUCCUAGCGGAAUUACCAUUGCAAACAAAGACCUUCUAGUUGUGACAGACUGUUACCAUCAUACUGUAAAACUAUACAAAUAUAAACAGGGAAUACUGCUUUAUUAGGAAAAGAAACUAUAAAAAAGGUGUGUUGCAGGCAGCAUUAUUUAUUAUUAAUGUGUACAACACAACAUAUAAUAAAACCAAAAAAGUCACUGCAAAGCAAAAAAAAUGUCUGUAAUUACCUCUGAUAUGCCUAAACUGGACCCCUGACAAAUUAUUUCCAUGUCCGUUUUUUGAGCCUAGCUCAGGGGUCUUCAAACUACGGCCCUUCAGUUGU